UAUUUACUAGUUUUCUCUACAAAUUCGCCAAUUACACACAUAAUACAAUUUAACAAUACAGUAUCUGUGUACCCUGUUUUCAUAAAAAUGUAGCUUUUAUGUAAGUGAUAAAAACAUCAAGAGAAUCAUUCAUUUUCCUGAAAAGCUGUAAUCAUGUAUUCCAGAAAUGACCAGUGAACAGCGCGAAGCCAGCUCAAUGAUGAGCAGGUUUAAGGUAUUCUGUGGUGGGGAGGCCUGUGGGGCAAGAUGGACCCUGGGGGCAUUGCUCUUAGCUCCGCUAACAGCUGCGAACUCCAGUUAUUGCGCUAUACCUGCUGUGAUAUUGGUGGCUGUCUUCAUUACCUUUGCCACAUUAACAAACAGAGAUUUGAAAAAGAUGUCCGACAUACUCCCGCCCCCAAAAACGUCGAGAGGCAGACGAGAGCGGAACUUCAGAUCUUUCGCCGACUUCAUGGUGAUGUGGAUGUGGUUUCUGUCGCAUUUAGUAGCUGUUGCUGUUUGCGCGAGGAUACUGAGUGCUACAGCUGAUCACGUGACUGGAGGACGAACCAGGAGAUGGCUUUUCGGCUACGAGACGCGGUCUCUGGGUGAACCAUGGCCUGAUGUAUUGGGUGUCACUGUGGUUCUGGUUGUGUGUGCUAUGUUUAUGUGUGGGUUAGAGGAAAGCAUGAUGUUUACAUUUCUGCUAUUAAUCCUUUUGUACAUAUUCAGCCAGUCUUUCACAAUAUUUGGAUUAAUGAAUUUGGAUAUCGCAAAUAUAAAGAUCCCCAUACCUAUCACGGUUUACGAGUUAUUCGCAGCCGGAGCUCCGAUAUCUUACACAUUUUGUAUCGUACAAAAGAAACAUCAGAACGAACAUUUUAAAAAGAAUUUGUUUCUUAUAGUUGGUCUACCAGCUAUUGUUCUUUGUUGUUUAUGUUUUCUGUACACCAAUAUGCUGAAAGGGAUCAGUAUUGAUGCUGCCCUACCAGUCACUACGCUGUUAGAAGCGAGGAUAGCUGGUUGGAUUUGUCCAAUUUUGGCCGCUAUAACAGUAGCCGGAAUAUGUCUUGCUUUGACAGAACUCUGUCCGUUACUCUUCUCAGUGUUAGUACUCCUAGCGUCUCCUGAGUGGAAAGUUCUUACUCGAUCUAUGACAUACGAAAGCACUACAACUGGCAGUCCAGUUCUGGCCGUUUUUACUGCAGGAAGUCUAGCUGCGAUUUUGGCUUUUGCUUGCCCUCUAUCGCAUAUGAUAACGCUGAUGAACGCAAGUCACUUGCUAAGUAUAACAAUCCAAGCACUACAUUUUAUCAUAAUGAGGUGUGUGCCGACUGCGGAACAAAUUGAGGCUGGUGAUGUUGAAUAUAAACGACUUGGUAUCGGUGGCAGAACCAGAAAAGCUUCAGGAAUGAAAAGCAAGCGCAGCCUUUGGUUUAUUCCAUCGGCUAUACGACAUACAAAAACACUGGAAAGCAUCAAGUCUAAAGUUAAUAAAGAAACUGAAGAAAGAGAAUGCCUCUUACUGGACGAAUACAAUGGUUGUCAAAGUGAAGAAAUCGAACAUGCCAGCUCUGGAAGUGGAAUGGCCGAGUUAGCUGAGGCAGAAGUAGUGGAUAUUCCAUCAGAUAUUGAAGCAAGUGCUGGUGAACUGUCCUCUGGAGACGACUCUACGGACAUCGAUGCUGUAGUAAAGGAAUAUAGAGACAGAAUACAAGUUGUAACGUCUAUCCCAGAGUCCAGUAUACCAGCACCACCCAGCGUCCACGGGCAGCGGUGGGCUGCAAUUGGCGCUCUUAUACAAUUAGUAGCUGAUGGAUUUAUAGCAGUUGCCUUCUGCAGUGAAAAAUUUCGGACGCCUAUGUUCUCAACGGGAAUACCACUUUGGUUUUGCGGCACAUUGAUUUGUGCUUGGCAACCCGCUCAUAACGUUGGAGUGAAAACAUUGAACAAGAUUCAAGGCCCAAUUACCAUGUUAAUAUCUCUCUUGCUCUUGACACCCCUACUGCUUGAUUCGUGGCCUGCGAUUAUUCUAUUUGCUGGGGCUGGUGUCGUAAUCUACGCCCGAUGCGAGCGCUGGUGCGGCGACCUGGCCGUGCAGCAGGCGCGCACCACGCUCGAGCGACGCAAGCUGCGGCACGCUGCGCCGCUCGCCGGCGCGAGGCUCACCCACAUAGACACCGUGUAUAUCACUAGGUAA